AUGGCAAUACUUCUCUUGAGGUAUGAUGUAUCCCAGAGAUAUCAGGCAAGAUUGCUGCGUAUUCCAAUGGCAAAAAGAAAUGACAGGAGAGAGAUAAGUAAAGUUGAAACCAAGUGUAAAAAAGAAAAAGAUUCAGUUGGCUGGGGUCUCGGACCGAACCUUGCCCGAGCAAAAGGAAGGCGCCAAGAGUUGAAGGUGGAGAAAACUUCAUAUUGGAAUUCCAGGAUGUCAGAGGAGACACCCUUUCAAAAUAAUUUCGACGACCUCUUGCACAAGCCAACGAGCAAUACCAUAUCUGAAACGUUGAGCAACGUAGACGUUUCAAAUCCAUUUAAGGAUGCCAUCUCGCCUUUGUUCGCGCCG